AUGGAGUAUUUGAAGGGACACAGCAAGCCAAGUCAUGAUCACGAUCAAACUGACCAAGAAGAUCUUGGGGCCAUCUUAACAAAAGAUGAGCAAAAAGAGUUAACUCUACUCGUGGCCAACGUAACAAAAGUUAUGAGGAAGCAAAUCACAAACAUCUUUGAUGCACCAAUUUCUUCUGGAAAGCUGUCGGCACAGGCAGCCCAGGUUAUGGAUAAGAACCUCAACUCUAACGACGGCCAACCUAAAGAGGAGACCAGUGAGGGGGUGACGCCCGAAUUGGGUGAGAAGAGGGAGAGAGAACUGUCUCCCCCAAAAAUGCAAGCAAUGGAGAAAGAUGCUGUAGCUUUCUUUGAUAAAUGGCGGGAAUCUGUGUUAUUGAGGCUUGGUGAAGUUGUCAAUAAUCCGAAACACGUGGUUGAUGGACAGAUCAAAGCCGCAACAACAGAAGCAACCCAAAAUACUAGUCCUCCGGAGAUGAGAGUUAUUCGCUCUGAUACUGAUGUCGACGAGGUUGAUGCCGAUGCCGAGUUGAUCCAAUUAUACCCUCCGACAUCAACCCGCCUAGUCUCGCUCUCUAAGGAGAAUCGCGUUCUUAUUCUUCAUGCAGUACUAUUGUUCCUUCUGUCUUUAGAGCACUAUGUUGGGCUGUCGCGAAUCCUGCUUCUUCACAUUGCAUCAUCUCUCCAUCUCCCCCUCCAGAUCUUGGUAGAGCAAGAAGUGAAAGUUGCGCAGGGUUUACUCGAAGCGGCAAAACAUAUGUCAGGUAACGAGGAGACACAGAAACGUAGCGAUGAGAACCAAGUUUCCCGCAGAUGGAAAGUAGGGCUUGCUGGUAUCGCUGGCGCAGCGGUGAUUGGAGUCACAGGGGGCUUGGCCGCACCACUGGUAGCAGGAGCUAUUGGCUCUAUAAUGGGUGGCCUAGGACUUGGAGCAACAGCAGCUGCCGGGCUUCUAGGGACCCUUGCGGAGAGUGGUGCGAUUAUCGGUACCUUCUUUGGCCUAUAUGGCGGCCGCAUGACAGGUAAAAUGAUAGACGCGUAUGCAAAAGAAGUACAGGAUUUCGCGUUUCUGCCUCUAAAGGGGUCGAAGAAUCGCGACCCACUUCCAAAAGACCGACGGCUUCGAGUCACUAUUUGUGUCAGUGGAUGGCUAACGCAGAAGGAGGAUAUUAUUACACCUUGGAGGGCCUUUGGCGAUCAGAGCGAAGUGUUUGCUCUGAGAUGGGAACUCGAGGCUUUGACUAAACUUGGAACCUCAAUUGAGUCCGUCGUAAAAAGUACAGCUUGGGGUGUAGCUAAGAAAGAAAUAAUCCGCCGGACGAUAUUCGCAAGCUUGAUGGAGGCCCUGUGGCCACUCUCAUUAUUGAAGAUCUCGAAGGUUGUGGACAAUCCAUUCUCCGUUGCUAAGAAUCGUGCAGAUAAGGCAGGUUUAGUGCUUGCCGAUGCUCUGAUCAACAAAGCUCAAGGAGAAAGACCUGUUACUUUAAUCGGUUAUAGCCUAGGUGCUAGACUAAUAUACUCUUGCUUAAUGAGCCUUGCAGAGCGAAGGGCAUUCGGGCUUGUCGAGUCCGCUGUCCUCAUUGGUGCUCCAACGCCGUCGGAUGCAGCUCCGUGGUUAGCAAUGAGGAGCGUGGUUGCGGGACGGCUCGUCAAUGUCUACUCGGAGAAUGACUAUAUAUUAGCUUUUCUAUACCGCACUAGCAGCAUUCAGUACGGAGUUGCAGGACUACAACAAGUUCAGGACGUGCCGAGAAUAGAGAAUGUCGAUGUAAGCCAAAUGGUUAGUGGACAUUUGCGCCUACAAUAUCUUGUUGGAAGCAUCCUAGAAAAGAUUGGUUUCGAGGACAUCGAUAAGAAGGAAGUGGAAAAAGAAGAACAAACCUUGGCAUUGCUUGAAGAGAGUGAGAGCAAGGAAGAAGUAGAAGAGACGAGUGAUAACCCGAAUUUGGAGAAAGAAGCUGAAGCGUUGGAGGAUGAUGUGAAGCAAAAAACGGGGAGUACGAUGAGCAAGGAGUGA